GAAAAUUCGCAUCAAAAUCUAUUCCCCAUUAUGUUGGUUCCCCCCGUGAAUAGACUGGAAGAAUUAACGAAGGUGUGGAAGUUUAAUACUAAGGUUCGUCAAGUGUGUGAGUGAAAAAUUUGAAGAAAUUAAUACUAGUUUUUUGUUUGUCAUUUAAGUUUUAUGAAAGAAAUCAAACGAUUAUUUUACGAAACUUACUACAAUUUUAAGCAACUAAGAGGCCUAAACAUAAUUUCCCAAAAUCAAUAAUAUUGAGAACGAGAAAAAAGUAAAGAAAGCAAAAAAAAUAUUAUUCAUCAUGGAACCACUUGAUUCAAUAAUUACUGCAUCCAAUAACAAUUCUCUACCACCUUGUUCACCGACCUUAACAAAAUCUAAUUCUAAUUCCGAAACUUCGUCGAUAAUUUCCACUUCGUCCGAUAAUAACAACAUGUUUGGUGGUGGUGAGACAUUCAAUAGUGGAAUGGGCGAUGAAGUCGCUGUUGAGCCACUCGAAAGUCUCGAUGGAAAGGACGAAAACUGUAAACAUUGCCAAAAAAAGUUGGUCCUACCUCGCGUCCUGUCUUGCUUGCACUUUUUUUGCGAUCCGUGUAUCUCAAAGCUGACUCUCGAAAGCUCCUCAGAGUCCAUCAAUUGUCCGAUAUGUGAUCAAAUUACCAAAGCCCCAAAAGGUUCAACAUCGUUGCCGUUCCACUUCAUCUUGACGAAUAUCCUUGAUCUGGCAACAACUGAUAUUAGCACAUUGUUGUGCACGUCGUGCAAAAGCAAAGAGGAAGCAAUCUCGCGUUGUAAUGGUUGUGCCAAUUUUUUAUGCGCAGAUUGUGAUAAAGCGCAUCGAACAAUGCGUUGUUUUGAAGAGCACCAAGUAGUCACGUUGGAAGCAAAUGGAACAAUUCACAAGCCAUUGUAUUGUAGUGUUCAUGCAACGGAAAACUUAAAGUAUUUUUGUUACAGCUGCGAGACCCCUGUGUGCAACGAAUGCUUAAUAUCUGAUCAUAAAGCAACGGAACAUCGUUAUGAGAUCAUUAGUGAGGCAGAAAAGGAUAUGCGUAUGGAUGUUGAGAAAUUAUUGAUGAAUACACGCAAUAAAAUUGAUUAUUGUGACAAUGAAAACUCAAAACUCGGCUCAUCAUUGGGAGAAUUGCAACAACAACAUGAUACAGCACAUAAUGAAAUUAAUAAGGCAUACGAUGUCAUUCUUAGUGCAAUUGAGAAGCGUAAAGAACAGGCAUUAUCUGACUUGGGAAGUUUACAUGCGGAAAGAGAAAUUAAGAUUAUGGAACAACUUCAUUUGAUGGAAAAGUCAGUCGAACAAAUGGAAUAUUGUGCCAUGUUUACGAGAAAAUUAUUAGAUAAUGGAAAUGGACAUGAGAUUCUCAGCAUGAAGAAAAUGAUUAGUCAACAAUUGACCAAAUUAAUUGAUAAUAUUCCGAAAGUUAAUAUAAACUAUUCAUUGGAAUUUAUCUCAAACUUUAAAAAGUUUGAAGAAUUGGCACCAGAAAUAUUUGGUAAAUUCCGUACUGAAUCAACAGCAAUGAUUAAAGAAUCAACACCGCCACCAACUUUGCCAGGAAUUCCAUCUCUUCAUAAUAGCACAAAGAAUAUUACGUUAAAUGGAAGUGGUGGAAGUAGUUCCGUUACAAAUGGCAGUAUUUCAGUUACUGCAAGCAGCCCAAUAUCCUUGCCAACAUCCUCAAUGCAAUCAUCAUUUGAUGGUGAUAUGAGUAAUGGAAUUAAUAGCUUUGGAAAAGGAUUUAAUACCUUAAUUCCACCAUCUUUAAUGACACCUGAAUCACCAACACCAAAUGCCAUAAUUCCUGCUAAUCAAUUAAAUGUCCCACAAGUUAGCAGUAUGGUUGAAUAUAAUUUGCAUAGACUCGCAAGUUUUGCUGAAAGUACAUCACCUGAUUUAACUGAUUCCAUUAUUCCACCAGUUCCUGCAGUCGGCUCAAAUUUCUUACUUGAUGAAAUGCUCAAUGGUGGUGAUCAACAGAUUAUUAAUAAUUUGCAGGCACUCGCUAAAAUUGGUGACAUGACUAAUGGUAAUACCUUGAAUAAUUUGGGAAUGAUUGAUAACUUUAUAUCUCCAUCGCCAAUCUUACAAACUCCAUCAACAAUCGGAGGUAUUAAUAAUGAUCUGAAAAUGAACUGUUACUCACAAUUUCGUGCACACGAUGGCGGUCCGUCCCAAGGAAAUAAUCAAUCAAACCUUUCGAAUGGCAUUGGACGCAAUAAAGCUCUUUCGAUGCAAAUUCGUGUCAAGUUUGGUGCUUUGGGGCAGUCUCGAGGACAAUUUAAUUCUCCUCAUGGAUUCUGCUUGGGAUUAGACGAGGAAAUUAUCGUUGCUGACACUAACAAUCAUCGAAUUGAAGUAUUUGAAAAGACGGGAGCUUACAAGUUUCACUUUGGGGUACCGGGAAAGGAAGAAGGACAAUUAUGGUUCCCUCGUAAAGUAGCCGUAAUGAGAACGAAUAGUAAAUUUGUGGUUUGCGAUCGUGGAAAUGAAAGAUCUCGCAUGCAAAUAUUCACAAAGAAUGGACAUUAUAUUAAGAAAAUUGCAAUACGUUACAUUGAUAUUGUUGCUGGACUUGCUGUUACAAACCAAGGACAUAUUGUGGCAGUCGAUAGCGUCUCUCCAACUGUCUUCAUCAUUUCAGAAGAUGGUGAUCUUGUUCAUUGGUUUGAUUGUAGUGAUCACAUGCGCGAACCAUCAGACAUAGCUAUAAGCGGCAAUGACUUUUACGUGUGUGACUUUAAAGGACAUUGCGUUGCUGUGUUCAGCGAAACUGGUCAGUUUAAAGCUCGUAUCGGAAGUGAGAAAGUAACAUGCUUUCCAAAUGGAAUCGAUAUUUCUGAUGCCGGUGACAUCUUGAUUGGAGAUUCUCAUGGCAAUCGAUUCCACGUUGCAUGCUAUAAUCGUCAUGGAGAAUUACAAUGCGAAUAUGAAUGUCCUUAUGUUAAAGUCUCGCGCUGCUGCGGCUUGAAAAUUACAAGUGAAGGCUUAAUAGUCACGUUAGCAAAGAAUAAUCAUCAUGUAUUGGUGUUGAAUACACUUUACAUACAGUGAUUUCCAAUGACCGAUAAAAGAAGAACUCUCAAAAACUCAUACGCUUCAAAUUCUUAAAAGGAAUAACAAAAAAAAAAUAUUUACAAAAUACAAAAAUGGAUAAAAAAAAACAAGUAAGAAGAUUUUGGGAAACUUAAAUGAUAAGAAAAUGAUGAAGGAAUCCGUAAAUGGAUGAAAAACUAAUAAUAACAAUGAAGAAGAAGAAAAAAAGAAUGAAAGAAGAUUAAUAUUAACAUUUAAUAAUAUUACAAUUUAUCAACUUAAUGAUCUCGUUUUUUGAAAGGACUCUAGUGUUUUCUAUUUAACCUUUCAAAUUUAUAUAUCAAUAUAAGAAUUGCACGUAUUAUUACAUAACUCCGUUUUUUU